AUGACGUACCCCAGUGCUUCUCUAGCCUUUUCUUCCAACAGCGCCGCGCCAACCCUCGCGCCUCAGAAACCAAGUCAGACACAUAGUGAAGCAGUAAAUCCACCACUUACUACCAUCAACUAUGUGACCACGAUCGAGAAGACCGUGGUACUCCAAUCACCAACGGGCGUCGCGCAGGCUGCCAGUGCAGCAGCCUAUGCAAAGGUCAACCCCGGUACAUGGGUGCCCCUUUUGGUCUUUGUAACCAUCUUGCUUUGCGGAGCGAUAGUGUUCGGGUGGAUUACCAUCAAAAGAUGGCGAGCAAAUGGUUUCAGAAUUUUGUCUUCCAGGAAAUUUCGGAAGCACCAGAGACAAGAAGACGGAGUUCUCGUCCUGAAUUCGAUCUCAUCGGUCCGCGCAACCGGAGAAAGCUUCGACUUGAACAAUUUUGCAAUCAAAAAUCGUGCUGCUCCUAGUAUACCGGUCGAAGGACAAAAUCUGCGCUGCGAAAAAUUCCCAAUUAAAGACCGACCCACACCUCCUAUCCUGGUCGAAGAACGUCAAGGCCCGCGCUGCAAGAAUGCCCCCGGCAUAACGCGUCCUGCUCCUACCCUCACGGUCGAAGAACAAAAUCAGCGCUGCGAAAAGGUUGAAAGGACUCUUUUGAUCCUCGAGGGAAAAGCUAAACGUCCACCCCCCAGCCCUUUGAAGCCAUUGCCCCCUGGAAUAGUGUGA